AUGGAUACCCCGAUAAGUAACCUCCCUCCGGAGGUGAGCGCCAUUUUCAAUGCCAACAUGAUGGUUGUCCAGGUCGUGGCUAUGUUCUCCAUCUCCGCAUGGAACGCACUGGAAGUUGUAAUUGCCAUCUUCGAGAAGUUCCAAAAGUAUCGGGGGCUAUACUUCUGGAGCAUGCAAAUUGCCGCCUGGGGAAUCUUGGUACACGGUAUACCGGCCACAAUUCGCUAUACGAACAGAACCUCUUCCUUUGCCGUGGCAGUCCCAUUUGUUGUGGGCUGGAUCUGCAUGGUAACAGGACAAGCGGUAGUGCUGUAUUCAAGGCUGCAUCUCGUUGUUACCGACAUCCGCCAAGUAAGAUGGGUACGAUGGUUGAUCACAGCCAAUGCUGUCGUUCUCCACAUCCCAAUGACCGUUUUAUUCUUUCUCAACCUUCACAAGAUACCGCUUGGCCACGCACCAGAAAUCUACGACCGUUUCCAGGCAACCGGAUUCACCAUCCAAGACGUACUGCUGUGUGCCAUCUACGUCCGUGAAGCACUCCGAGCGCUCAAGCCCGUCUUCGAAUCCAAAGGCCCCCAAGGACGACGAAUUAUCCACCGAAUCAUCUUCGUUAAUCUCAUCGGCAUCUCGCUCAGUAUCUUCAUCAUCAUCGCCGAGUACAGAUUGCACUACUUGGUCAUCAGCUUCAGGACAGUUGUCUACAGUAUCAAGCUGAAACUUGAAUUUCACGCCCUCACGCAGCUCCGCGAGCUGACAAGCACUUAUGCAUGCUCCGUUUGUCAGGGGAUUAGUGGCACCACCUGUAGCGCAACCGAAAUCAAUAUCUUCGACAUGCUCGCAAACAAUCCCGCGUCACCAGAGACCGAGGCGCGAAAUAGUGCCAUUGUUGCAGAGUCUGUGAGUCUGGCACCGUAUUCCGCGCGCAGCUGUACGUACGAUUUUCACGAGGCACUGCGCCAGGCUACGUCGACUGUGAACUCUUUUGAGUCACAGGAAUGUAGUCGGUAUCGAAUGCUUUCGUCGGAUUCGCAGUCUACGGUUGAAAUGACAUUUCUCGAGCGCCCGAAGUAA